GGGGCGGCAUGACCGCCGGCUCGCGGCGCGGCGGCCACUUUCCCACCUGGCUCUACGACCACUGCCAAAAAUCCACCUACAUCUUCAUCUCCGCCGACUACCGCCUGUGCCACCCGAGCACCGCCCUGGACCAAAUCGCCGACGCCCAAGCUUUAUUCCGUUUCCUCGCCAGCCCCGCCUUCCAAUCCUCCCUCCCGUCCCCCGACCUGUCCCUAGACACAACCAAGAUAGCAGUCACCGGCUUCUCGGCGGGCGCCUACUCCGCCCGCGCCGCGUGCGUCUACGCCACCCCCAAGCCCGCCGUGCUGAUGACCGCCUACGGCACCGGCGGGAACCUGCUCCUCGAUCACUGGACGCAGCCGCGGCCGCCGACCUCCAUCGCCAAGAUGGUCAACCUCGACGACGUCCCGCGACUGCUGGCGGAUAGGACGGUCGUCAGCGACGAUUCCACCCCGGGGUCCAAUAGAUUUGCGCUGACGGUGCGGUGGGAGAUCGACGGGACGUUUUUGGACGGGGUGUUUGGACGGCCCGGGUUGGGGGCCGCGCUUAAUAAGGUGGAGUAUGCGGGCAGGGCGGAGGCGGUGCCGGAGGAUUUGAAGCCGGGGUUCUUGCAGAACUUUGUGGGGAAGGAGUAUCCCCCUGCCGUGUUUGUGCAUGGAACGGCGGAUGAGGUUGUGCCCGAUCUGGAAAGUAAGUUUCAGCAUGAGCAGUUGGGGCAGUUGGGGAUUAGGACGGAGUUGUUGCUUGUGCAGGAUGCGGGGCAUGGGUUGGUGGAUUUGGGUUCCGGGUUUCCGCCUAAGAUGGCGGAGGGGGCGAUGGAGGCGUAUGCUGAGGCGUUGAAGUUUGUGGAUGCUGCGUUGCUUGGGAAGUUGUGAGGGGGUUGUAGAGUUGUGGAUUUGUGAUUUAAAUAGAUGUAUAAAUG